AUGGAUCCAGAGUCCAGGAAAAGCAGCAACAACAGCAGCAGCAUUGGUAGCGGCGCUCCUACCGCCCCUGGAACUGUCACUGGAGCGAGUGCUCUUCUUGCUUCUGGUCUGACAACCUCCUUGAUGGCAGAAGAAGUGGUCAGCUUUUUGGACAGAACCUCUGUUUUGAGUUGCAUGGAAGUCACUCAGGCUGAGAAUCAGUUUCAAUUGACAAACUACUACUGCUCUGACCAUGGAAGCAAACUGGAGUGUCAAAAGGGUCUUCGUGAAGAGAUCAUUCCAAAGAAAUUCCCGUGGUUGAAAAAACAAAAAGAGAGCAAUGAUGCUGGCAAUGAACCCAAGAAAAAGCUGAAGAAAAUCGACUGUGAAGACUGUGUCAACCUGGAGCAUGGGCUUGAUCGCUGCCCUUGUUGCGAGGAAUUUUCCGAGCAGAAAUGGAUGGUUACAUGCCAAAAGCCUGGAUGCGGCAAGAAGGCCUGCGAUACCUGCCUUGAAUAUGAUCUAGUUGUGAUUGAAUACUGCGACGAUUGUCGUGAAUGGGCUUGCAAGGAUUGUGUGCCACUCGAUUACUAUUACUGUGACAUUGCCAAUACAGUUUCUGUGCCACCUGUCGAAAUCUUGUCCACUGCUCUUGUUGCGGUCAGCUUUGUGGUAAUUCUAGAAAAAGAGCAACAACAACAACAAACAGGGUGGGCUCCUUGGAUUGGGCUGAUUUCCUUGACCAAAUUUACCCUCGGGGGCAAGGGACAAACCAGGAAUUUUGCAACAGAAGCAACUCAAAGUAUUGGCUUCACGGCUCUAACCUUUAGAAGCACUAAGCUAAGGUAG